GUGCGUGUUCCGCUAUUCAAUUCUUCAAGUGCCGUGUUCGCGUUCGGACGUUUCUCUCUCUCGCUCCGCUCGUAGUGUUUGCACUUUUGUCACCGCCGCUUCUCCGCACAAGACAGACCGUUUCCCGCGUGUGUCCGCACUGCCUUCCGUGCAAGCUCCCACCCCGCAGUUCUACCGAACGACUAGUAGAAAACCCUUCUCCGGAAUCGGAUUAAACAGAACAAAAAACAGACAUCCCCGUGUGUUUGUGUGCAGUGCAAUACAACAACACAACAACAACAACAACAGAACCACCAUGUCGACGCAUCGUGCACCGAAAUCCGGAUUCGCCGCCGAAGCUCAGCGAAAGAUCAACUCCAAGUACAGCGAGGAGCUGGCCGCCGAAUGUCUGGAAUGGAUCAAGGAGGUGACCGGCGAGCCGAUCAACACGUCCGGCGAUAUGGACAACUUUUUCGAGGUGCUGAAGGACGGUACCGUGCUGUGCACGCUCGCGAACGCCAUCGAAGCGGGCACGGUGAAGAAGGUCAACACGAGCAAGAUGGCGUUCAAGUGCAUGGAGAACAUCUCCGCGUUCCUGGAGGCGGCGAAGAAGUUCGGCGUGCCGCCGCAGGAAACCUUCCAGAGCGUGGACCUGUGGGAGCGGCAGAAUCUCAACUCGGUCGUCAUCUGCGUCCAGUCGCUCGGGCGCAAGGCGGGCAAGUACGGCAAGCCCUCGAUCGGCCCGAAGGAGGCGGACAAGAACGAGCGCCAGUUCAGCGACGAGCAGCUGCGGGCCGGCCAGACCGUCAUCUCGCUGCAGUACGGCUCGAACAAGGGCGCCACCCAGAGCGGCAUCAACUUUGGCAACACCAGACACAUGUAAGGUGCUAGUGUGUGUGCGUCGUAACAACUCACAAGAACUCACAGGGGGGUUUAGUGGUACGUUAAAUCGACCCGAAAAAGAAAAACCCCUCUUCUUUUGGUGCGCAUACCGACCUAAUCAAACGCGGGGGGUGAGCGGGAAAAGGUCCAAGACACAGGAUGCCAACGAAUUCCACAAUCCACAAUUCACAUUCCAGAAAGCUGAAAGUGCAUUUUGUUACAAAACGUAGGAACAAACACAAAAGGGAUACAAGUUAUAGCAAUUACGUACCUCUUUUUUUAACAAAAGAAAAGUAAACGAAACGAUAGCGCCUUAGCAAAUGGAGAGACACUCUUUUUCCCUCCGCCUUAGUGUGUAGCUCGUGCAGUAGUGGUAGCACGGGGGAUGGCACGGUGCCCGUAGCAUUAUUUACUAAACCGUGCUCUUCCGUGAGUCUAAUAUUAUACACACGUUUACCUCUACUCAAAAAAAGGUAUUUUCCAAGCUUCCGUAUCGUAGCCAGAGUCGUUAACAUUCCUCCAACAAACAAUAUAAAAACGGAUAAGGAUAUUCAAACAAAUUCAAAGGAAAACAUAAAGAUUAGGCAUUGUUAAACACAUUCCGUAGAGCUUGUUGAAAAGAAAGCGAAAACCCAUAUAUGAACGUAGAUCACGACAUUUUCACAGUAGGAGAGGGCAAAUUAGGUAGCUAGCGUUUAAGGCGCGCCCCACACCACUUGCUAGACGGACGGCUAGACAGGCCGGAAACCAUUAGGCGCGCAAGUAAUUAUACACUGUUGUAUCGCGGACACAUCCCGCUGCUGUCUGCGACCCGCUCGGGAAGCAAAAAGGAUGUGCCGUUUUCUGCCAUGGUUGCUUAGUUUUUCCUUCUCGGUAUGACCGAGGUUUUUGUUCAUCAUUUGACACAUACACGACACGGGACGAAUAAGAAGCGACUGUGCAUCUCACUCUGUACUGUGGGUGCUUUUCAUAUGCACUUUAGCUCUUAAAUCGUGCUGUUCAAAAUUAAGCAUAAAUAUGAUUUGCGAUGCGGCCCUGUUGAGCGAAUGAUUAUAGGAAUGUGCUUCCCGAAGCCAACGGCAUAAAUUGUUUUUUUUGAGCUCGCGUUUUUUUUCAUCCAGGGCUUUGAACCAUUUAUUUUUUGCGUUUCUCUUGUGUUUUAGUUUGUGAAAUCAUUUACCACGCACCGAAGGUCGUAAAUUAUUGAAAGUAUACAAUAAUAUAUGUUUUGUUUAAAUGUAA